CCCAAGAUUAAUUUACGCAUCGGCGCGUGCGUAUACAUAACAGAUUUCUGUUGGUUGCAACUUCCAAGGGGCGCACCUUCCGCUUAUUUGUUGCAGCAGCCAGCAGCUCGUGCGUAGAACGCAAUGGCCGUCCGCCUACGCGACACGUCGUAACUCGUCGAGCAACCUCCUCCCGAAUCCGCCCAGUAUAACCGAGCUUUCCACUCGGCGUCAUUUAACACGUUCGGUUACUUAUCUCGCGCCGAUUUUUCUCACUGUCGUUCGUUCGAUCUGUCUUCACCUCUCUUCACCUGUCUAUUCUCGCUGCCAAGAUACACCGUUAUUUUUCAGUGUUUUUGUUUACUUUCGUAUAACCUCAAAGAUGCAACACCGUUCGUUUCGCGUUUACGUUCGAACAGUCACACCAUAAAGACGGAUACGGAGAUGGCGGCAGGUGCACUGGGGAUCACGUGUUACUGCGAAGGACAAUGCCCGGACAAUCGGCAGAAUGGAACUUGCGAAGGAAGACCCGGUGGACAUUGUUUCAGUGCGGUAGAAGAAGUUUGGGACGCGGAUGCAGGGGAAUUCGUUCCCGAGUUGUCGUUCGGCUGUUUACCACCGGACGAACAAGGCUUUAUGCAAUGCAAAGGAUACCUUGUGCCAAACUUGCAAGGGAAAAGCAUAAUAUGUUGCAACAAAAGCGCGCUGUGCAAUAAAGACAUACUUCCCGAAUAUAAACCUAGGCCUACGACAGCACCCAAUCCUAUGGCCAUAGCAUCCGGUGCGCCUCUUAUAAUAUUGGCUACCAUACUAUCCGUAUGCUUAAUGGUAAUUUCGAUAGCUAUGGUUAUUAUAUACCAUAGGUACCGAAGGAAAGAGAGAGGUCCUUGCCUAGUGCCUUCUCAGGGUACCCUCAAAGACUUUAUCGACCAGAGCAGCGGUUCUGGAUCGGGGUUACCCCUGUUGGUACAGCGGACUAUCGCUAAACAAUUGGCAUUGUCUCAGUGCGUGGGAAAAGGACGGUACGGCGAAGUAUGGCUCGCAAGAUGGAGAGGAGAGAAAGUAGCGGUCAAAGUAUUCUUCACGCUGGAGGAAGCAUCUUGGUUCAGGGAGACCGAGAUCUACCAAACCGUGUUGAUGAGGCACGACAAUAUUUUAGGUUUUAUCGCGGCUGACAUCAAAGGAACAGGAUCCUGGACACAAAUGUUGCUGAUCACGGAUUACCACGAAAGGGGAUCGUUGCACGAUUACUUGCAAACCACGGUCCUAGAUCAUCCUAGUCUAUUAGCAAUUUGUCAUUCGAUCGCAUCGGGAAUUGCUCAUCUACAUACGGAAAUCUUUGGCACGCGUGGAAAACCCGCGAUAGCGCAUAGGGAUAUCAAAAGUAGAAAUAUUUUAGUGAAAAGGAGCGGUGAAUGUGCAAUCGCCGAUUUUGGCUUGGCUGUUAGGUAUAUAAGCGAAAGCGGAGAAAUAGACAUCGCUCCUAACACGCGAGUAGGAACUCGCCGAUACAUGGCUCCGGAAGUCUUGGACGAAACGUUGAAUACAUCCUCGUUCGAUGCCUUUAAAAUGGCAGACAUGUAUUCUGUGGGUCUUGUGUUGUGGGAAGCGUGUAGGAGAUGCGUGACCGGCGGUAAGACUUCUGUAGUGGAACCGUACGCCCUGCCUUAUCACGACGUUGUUCCGAGUGAUCCAGACUUCGAGGAUAUGCGGUUAGCGGUGUGCGUAAAACGAUUACGUCCAAUAAUACCAACGCGAUGGGAGAAUGAUCCUAUCCUUUUUGCUCUCAGCAAACUUAUGGCCGAGUGUUGGCAUGCAAAUCCUGCUGUUCGUUUAACAGCGUUACGCGUCAAGAAGACAAUGUCGAAACUGCAUAUUGAUAAUACCAUCAAGAUCGUGUAGUGUACAACGAUUUUUCUUCAAACUCUUUACUUCACAUUUCGUAAUUGAAAAGAAACUGUCCCCUUGUAAAUACAUAACCCCGGUGUACAUAGGUUUAUUAACAGACUGCAAGCCUAAAGACUGAGUAUUAAGAUUUACAUAUACUUGAAGACGUAUGAAUGUAGAAACUGGUAUGAUCAAUGGGUGAUUACGAACGUAAUUAUGAAUGAGUCCAUGUUGUCUAUGUAUAUUUUUUGUUUUUAUGUGAAACGCGACAAAAUGCGAUAGCGUCAAAUGCGGAUUGACGUGCUUCACUGUGUUGAAGUUUGUUGAAUAUGUAACCGAGGAUAGUUACUACUUAGAAAAGAUAAUACUGUUUGGCAAAGAAAAGUGUCCUAAGUUCUAGACGCGUGUGAGCUUUUAAAAAAGAGACAUUAAAGUAAGUUUAGCGAACGACAGCAGAUAUUUCAAUUCUAGAAGGGUGAAUGCCACUUUGAUAAUAGCAUUUACUAAAUCUACACUAAUAUUAUGAAAUUUUUAUAUUCAUUCGCAUUAAAGUCCUCGUCAUUACGAAACCAUGCUAAUUUACGUUUAUAUGUCUCUACACAAUUGUUGACGAGACAUUUUGCAGGAUAUAUAUAAUUUUAUAUCUUCGGAAAUUCAAUGGUAUAGACACAAUUUUUGCGGAAGGAAUGUUUUUGGAUGUUGGUAUUCCGAAUAUUCUGUUACUGUUGUUUGGAAUACUCGAUAAAAUUUACUUGGAAUUUUUUUACGGAAUUCAUUUAAUUUCCAUCCUACAUCCGUAGAUUUUAUACGCUUGUUUUAAAAUUACUUUGAAAGUUGAAAAUUAUAUAUUUUUUUAAACGUUACUUUCAGCUAUAUCACUGGCUCUCGAUUACUGUGUCUAAUGUAUAACCCUGUAUUAUCUGUACAGUAUGUAAUUUAUGUUUUUAUUUUGUACAAAUGAAAUACGUUAAUUAUUUAGCUUUUAGAACGAUGUUAACUAUACUGUCGAUUGUCCAGAUUAUAAAUGAUUUUGUUUUCGAGAUCAUUAGAUUUGUCACAACUCCCUACAAAUUUACUCCGUUCGAUGCAGUCCGUAUUAUUUGUUUUCAAUAUGUAACGAUUAUGAUGCAUAUCCGUAAAUUGUAUAUUACGAACGAUACGGAUAUACAACUGAAUAUCUUAACAACAUUGUUGUUGUAAUAGUAAAUUAUGUCUCUUAGACUUCGAAAAAUUGACUCGAAAUCGUUAUGUUAUAUAUACGUACGACUUCUAUACAAUUAUUAUACGACAGAAGUCACUGUUAAAUAGUAUCGUAGUUCUUUAAAAAAAAAAAUGAAUUGUAAUCAUAUUACAAAAUUGUAGUUAAUAGCUAGUUGAUUGAAAAUAAUGAAAGUUAUAUUUUUAACAAGUAUUAAACAUCAUCUUUUUCUAGACAUAUUUUUAUUUAUUAUUACAUGUUAUAAAGCACUAUCUUUACUGUUUCUAAGCGGCUACCUAAAAAUUACCGGACGUCCGCUGUAUAUGUAUAUAACGCUGUUUGUACAAUAUUUCUGCGAAUAUGUAACAAUAUACACGUUAAGGGA